AUGGGGAUGCUGCUGCUUGUAGCUGUUGAGGCGUCGCUACUCCUUAGCGCCAUGCUGCUGCAGGUUCCACUUCCACCGCUCGCCUCGGCAGCCGCCUUCCCGCGGCUUCCCAAGUUUGGCGGCUCCGUCCCCGCAAGCUCCCAGCAGUUUAAAAAGCUCAAGGACUUUCUCAAGAAGCACGGGCGUGACGCCUCUGACGUCGUCGACAUCGCCGAGAAGUUCCUGCCUCCUCCGCCGCCGCCCGGCGAGGGCCAUGGUGGUAGUCGUGGAGAUCGGACGACCGACCGAGCGCCGGCAGAGACCGACGGGCUCUACCUCGCCGAUCUCCAGGUCGGCACGCCCACGGCGCAGACCAUCUCCGGCGUCCUUGACAUCUCCACCCAGCUCGUGUGGAUGAGGUGCAACGCCACCUGCACCGCCUGCCGGCCGCCGUCGUCCUCCUUCCUGGCCACAAAAUCCGAGACUUUCAAAUUUUUGCCCUGCGACGACAAAACCUGCCAGGACUUGGUCACUCAGACCUGCGACAACAAUCCUAAUCCAUGCGGCUACUCCGCCAGUUACAGCGACACCAUGUCCACGGCCGGGUACCUCGCCUGGGACACCUUCACCUUCGGCACGACGGCCGUUCCAAACGUCCUCUUCGGGUGCAGCGAUUCGACCACCGGCGCCGACUACUCCGGCACGUCCGGCGUGAUCGGCUUGGGCAGGGGGCCGCUCUCCCUGGUCUCGCAGCUCGGGCUCUCCAACUUCUCCUACUUCCUCGCGCCGGACGACGGCGCCUCGGACAGCCAGGUCCAGCUGGGCGACGUCGCCGCGCCACGGACGGGCCGCGGCGUCCUCUCCGCCGCUCCGCACGAGCGAUGCAUCCAUGUGGACGGCGAGGAGCUGGACGACGACAUCCCUGCGGGAACGUUCGACCUCCGGGACGACGGCUCCGGCGGGGUGUUCCUCAGCACAACCAUACCCGUCACCUACCUCCUCUCCGACGCCUACAGGGUCGUGAGGAAGGCCUUCGCAAGCAGGAUCUCCGCGCAACCUCUCCUCCAUGGCCGGCGUCGAGGUCCCGACGCUGAAGCUGGUGUUCGAGGGCACGGGCGCGGCGAUGGAGCUCCGAUCCGGACGGACAACUACUUCUUCAGGUUCGACGACGGCGGACGUGACCUCGAGUGCCUGACCGUGCUGCCCUCCAAGGGCGCGUCGGUCCUGGGGAGCCUGCUGCAGACGGGGACGACGAUGAUCUACGACCUCGACGGCGACCAGCUGACGUUCGUGACGAUGGACACGGAUAAGCAGCGUUUGUCCUCAGAGGCGCCGGCGGCGGCUUCGCUAGCCAUGGCCGUCGCAGUCGCAGUCGCCGUGGGGGUGCUGCUGUAG